GGGUGAAAAAUGGCGUUGUUUGAGAUGCGAGCCUACUCCAGUAUAAAGGGAACCUUCUCCGUACUUCUUCUCUUUCUGCUUUUCGUUCUAGUUCUUCCCAUCAUUUAAAGUUUCUUCCUUCCUUCCUUCACCGUUUUCUCUUCUCUCAUCUUCUUCUUCUUCUUCUUCUUCUUGAGGUAUUCAAAGACUUCAUCUUUUAGUUCAAAACUAAAAGAUAAACUUGUUUUCUAUUAAGGGUCUUCGUUCUUUUGUGAUUUUAUCUGGUGGGGUAAUGCUUGAAUCGGUUCCACAAUGCAAUCUUGAUGAUUUAGGGAUCGGUUAGUUUUGUGGGGUCAUUACCAUUUGAAAGUUUCGUGCUUUUCUUGCAGGGUCUGGGGAAAAUUUCUUGUUCUUUGUUGUGAUAUUUGAAACAUUGUGUCGUUGUUCUAAUUGCUGUUUUGGUAGGAAUUCGGUGUAAAUAGUGCUAGAUUGGUGAGUCCUAGAUUUUCGUGUCGCAUCUCCUCCUUUGAUAUUAUUUGAUUCCCAGGAGGAUUUGCAAUCGCCAAAAAGGAAGAGAAAAAAAAAAAAAGAUAAAACAAAAAACAAAAUAAUUUAUUAUUUGAUGUAUACAAUCCCAGUCACCACCCCCCCAAUUUUAGUGUGGGUUUUACCAAUACUCUUCACUUGAUUUUUUUAUUUUUAGACAAUUUUAGUGAUCAGUAUUCUGGUGCCAAAGGGUAGAUUUUUGUUUUUGUUUUUGGUUUCUUCUGGCUGAGUUAUCUGUUGGGUGGUCAUUGCAUCUUAUAUGGGAAUACCUGAUAGUUUACCACUAGAUCUAAUAAAAAAGGUUAAGUCUUGGAUUUCUUGGGGAGGAAGUGAUUUGCGUUGUUUGUCUGACAAACUUGAUAUGCUCAAUAGUGGCUGCAAAAUGUGUUGUGAGUGUAACAAAAAUUUCAAUGAAAUGACUCAGUACAAAUACAAUUGUAAAAGCUGUGGCUGUUGGUUGUGUGUGAAAUGUGUCCGAGUUUGUGAUCUCCAAAAUCUUGAAUCUGACAACACUAGAUUAAGGGAAACCAUCCCUUCUUGCAAGUUCUGUUUAGAGGGUCCGAGGAAAUGUAGUGAGAAAGUUCAUCCUUCAGCCUCUCCACUAGAGAGUCCAAGACAAAGUCCUGAGCCCCCUUCACCUUGUUUUAGUGUUGAAAGUGAAAGAAUCAGUUCUCCACCUAUAACUGAAUUGAAUCAGGGAAGCCACUUUGAACGCUAUUUUGAUUACCAAGAUUAUGGAUAUUAUCCUUAUUCCUUGAUCAACAGAAGUAUGGCCUCGUCUGGUACUCACCCUUCUUCAGUAUCUACUGAUCCAUCUAUCUUAAGGAGCGAUGAAGAAGGGACUGAGGAUAUUGAGAAGCACUCUCUCAGCCCAUCACGUACAUAUUGUGAUAAUUGUUCAGAUAUAGAUUCAAUUAGCGUUAGUGCUAGUCAUAACAUUUACAACUAUAAUUCUGUGGGAUCAAGCCCUUCAGAGAGCCCCUCUAGGAUUAGUUUUACUUCUAGUAGGGCUGGGCUUCAUGUACAGAAGGGGCAGGAGAAAAGCCUCAUCUCUCAGUCUGAUGAUCCCUUUGGUCAACAAAGUGUGGCUGUUUUAAGAAAGCCUGAACAAGGGACCGAGGAUGCAGAAAAUACUGCUUAUUUUUCUGAUGACUUGUCAAUUUUCCGGAACCAGAAUGAGAAUUCACAGAGGCCAUUGGAUUUUGAGAACAAUGGCCUUAUUUGGUUCCCCCCACCACCUGAUGAUGAAAAUGAUGAUGCAGAAGGUAAUUUCCUUGCAUAUGAUGAUGAGGAUGAUGAUAUUGGUGACUCAGGUGCCAUGUUCUCAUCCAGUAGCAGUCUAUCUAAUAUAUUUCGUGCAAGGGAGAAACAUAAUGAGGGAAACAAGGAACCUUUGAAAGCUACCAUACAGGGGUAUUUUAGAGCUCUUGUUUCGCAGCUUUUUCAAGAUGCAGGAAUUAAAGUUGGUAAGGAAAAUGAUUCUGAGGACUGGUUUGACAUAGUUACAACAAUAGCAUGGCAGGCUGGUAACUUUGUGAGACCAGAUACUAGCAAAGGUGACAGUAUGGAUCCUGGUGAUUAUGUAAAGGUAAAAUGUAUAGCAUCUGGAAGCCCAAGUGAGAGCACCCUUAUCAAAGGAGUAGUUUGUACAAAAAAUAUUACGCAUAAGCGCAUGAUGUCUCAAUACGAAAAGCCUAGGUUACUCCUUUUAGGAGGAGCACUGGAAUAUCAGAAAGCUCCAAAUCAACUAGCUUCUAUUGAUAAAUUGUUGCAGCAGGAAAAUGAACAUUUGAAGAUGAUAAUUUCAAAAAUUGAGGCUCUUCGACCAAAUGUUUUACUGGUAGAAAAAAGUGUAGCUUCAUUUGCCCAGACAUAUUUGCUGGAAAAGGAAAUCUCCUUGGUGUUGAAUGUUAAAAGGCCUUUGUUAGAGCGUAUAGCUCGCUGCACUGGUGCUCUUAUCAUUUCAUCAGUGGAUAAUUUAUCAAAAGCACGAUUGGGGCACUGUGAAAUGUUCCGAUUAGACAGAAUGGUGGAAGAGCAUGAGACUGCUAAUCAUUUCAACAAGAAGCCAUCUAAAACGUUAAUGUUUUUUGAAGGUUGUCCGCGGCGUUUGAGUUGCACGGUCUUACUGAAGGGCAAAUGCCACGCAGAACUAAAGAAAAUCAAAGAGGUCAUGCAGUAUGCAGUUUUUGCAGCCUAUCAUUUAUCGCAUGAGACAUCAUUCCUUGCGGAUGAGGGUGCUACCCUACCUAAAAUGAUAGUAAAAGACUCAACUGACAUGCCAAUUAGUGCAAGAGCUGAUGCUGAUAUUUGUAUGACAUCUAACACCCUUCCGUCAACCAUGUGCCAAUCAGAGGCUGAUGAUGCUUCUAAAGUGGAGGACUUUGUUGGUCAUGAUUUAAAGCAUGAAAAUUUGGGAUCAGCAUCAGAAAAUUUUGAUGACCUAAGUGUUGAGAAUGUACCCUCUGAUUCAUAUUAUAGCAAUAUAACUUCUAAUUUGACUGUAGAAUCAGAUUAUUUGCAUCAGUGUAAUGAAUCAGCAGGGGGCACUAUAUCUAGUACGAGAGACCUUUUGCAAGCAGAUUUACAAGAAACCACAGUCCAAGAGGGGGAGUGUGGUGAAGUUGCUGACUCAACAAAAGACAAGAUUAGCGAGGAUGAGUUUUCUGGUAAAUACUUUUCUGCCACUGAUGGUCAUCCGAGCAUAUUGGUGUACUUUUCCAGUCAUUGUGUAUCGAAAGGAAGUGUAUGUGAACGCACUAGGUUGCUGCGCAUAAAAUUCUAUAGCUCUUUUGAUAAGCCACUUGGGAGAUAUCUUCGGAAUGAUCUGUUUGGUCAGACAUCUUGCUGUCAGUCUUGUAAAGAGCCACCAGAGGCUCAUGUCCUUUGUUUUACACACUUGCAAGGAAAUCUUACAGUCAAUGUUAGGCGCCUUCCCUCUGUGAAGCUACCAGGGGAAAGCGAUGGCAAGAUUUGGAUGUGGCACCGGUGUCUGAAGUGUCCUCUUGUGGAUGGAGUUCCAUCAGCAACUCGGAGAGUUGUUAUGUCGGAUGCUGCCUGGGGAUUGUCUUUUGGAAAGUUCUUGGAACUUAGCUUUUCAAACCAUGCAACUGCAAAUCGAGUUGCAACCUGUGGACAUUCUUUGCAGAGGGAUUGCCUCCGUUUUUAUGGGUUUGGGAACAUGGUUGCUUUCUUCCGGUAUUCCCUUAUUGAUAUUCUUUCUGUCCAUCUUCCUCCAUCUAUGCUGGAAUUUGGCCACAUCCAACAGGAGUGGAUUAGAAAGGAGGCAGGAGAGCUUUUUAGUAAAGUGGAAACCUUGUAUGUGGAGAUAUCAGAUGUGCUUGAACGCUUUGAAAAAAAGAUUGUAUCUCCUGGUAUUGGAAAUGAGCUGUCAGAUACCUCUGACAUUUAUAUCCACAUAACAGAUCUGAAAGAUAUGCUUCGAAGAGGAAGAACUGAUUAUCAUCGUUUGUUAAAAUCAGCCACAGAGACCCCACAACCACAGAAGAUGGCUUUAGACAUUCUGGAACUAAAUCGCUUGAGACUUUCACUUCUAAUUUGUUCACAUGUUUGGGAUAACCGGCUAUGCUCAUUGGACUCUUUUAGUAAAAGAUGCUUAAGUUCCAAGUUUAAAGAAGAAAAAGAAUUAGGUACGGAUGUUAAAGAAUUAAGUGUUGACUCAUUUCAUAAGGAUCAGAAUCUUGACUGUGGGCUUGAGCAAAAUUAUUCUCAGCCUUCAAAAUUGGACGAGUCUCAUGAAAGUCAUAUGCGUGCAGAGCCGGAUGACCCACUUGAACCUUGUGCUUCUGAAGCAUUUACAUGUCAUCUUGAUGGAGAGGAAGUACAUUCAAGUGGUGAAUUUGUUGCCAACCAAACAGUAUCUGAGGAAUCCAAUCUUUCUGAGAAAAUAGAUUCUGCAUGGACCGGAACUGAUCAACCUCCGUUGAAUGUUGAACCACUUCAUAAAUUUCAAACCAAUGUUAGUGGUAAUUCUCCUUUGAGAAUGUUGACACAACCAAUGAGAGUUCAUUCUUUUGAUUCAGCAUUAAGAGUUCAGGAAAGAAUUAGGGAGGUCUUGCCCUCGUUUUUGACACUUAAAUCUUUUCAUGCUUCUGGAGAUUACAGGAAUAUGGUUAGAGACCAUGUACCUAAUUUGCAAACUCACUUUGAAAUGUUUCCAUGGGAGGUACAAAAUCUAAAUCUGAUUCUGGGAUCCACGCCAUCGUUCAUUUCCUCCGUGCCUCGCAUAGCUGAAGGUGCUCGGUUGCUGCUUCCCCAAAACCGUCAGAGUGAUAGAGUCAUUGCUGUUUAUGACAAUGAUUUCUGUAGCAUAAUUUCAUAUGCCCUUAGUUCCAAGAAAUACGAAGAUUGGGUUUCUGGGAAGUCAGAACUACAUGAAGGGGGCUGGAGAGAGAGAAACAAAGAAGAUUUAGGCACGUCAAGCUUUUCGGCGUGGGGUGCUCUGGACUUGGAUUUUAUCAAUUAUGUUAGUUAUAGAUCUGAAGAUGCUACACCUUCUAUUGGUUCUCUUCUUAGUAGGGACUCCAAAAAAUCUUUACACUUACAAAUUUCUUUUGGAGAUGAUUCUUUGGGUGCUGGAGGUAAAGUGAAUUUUUCUGUCACUUGCUAUUUUGCAAAGCAGUUUGAAUCACUUAGAAGAAAGUGCUGUCCCCAUGAAGUCGAUUUUGUGCGAUCCUUGAGCCGUGGCCAGAGAUGGAGCGCACAAGGAGGCAAAAGUAAUGUGUAUUUUGCCAAGUCAUGGGAUGAGAGGUUUAUUAUUAAACAAGUGACUAGGACAGAAUUGGAUUCCUUUGAAGAAUUUGCACCUCAGUAUUUCACAUACCUGAUGGAUUCCUUGAACUCAGGAGGCCCAACUUGCCUUGCCAAAAUUCUUGGUAUAUAUCAGGUGAAUAUCAAAUACCCAAAAGGUGGAAAGGAGACAAAAGUUGACCUGAUGGUAAUGGAGAAUCUCUUUUAUAACAGAAAAAUAUCCAGGAUAUAUGAUCUCAAGGGCUCAGAAAGAUCUAGGUACAAUGCGGAUACAACAGGGACAAACAAAGUAAUGUUAGACCUGAAUUUGUUAGAAACUUUGAGGACAAAACCUAUAUUCCUUGGGAGUAGGGCUAAGAGAAGACUCGAGAGAGCUGUUUGGAAUGACACAUCCUUUUUGGCGUCUGUUGAUGUAAUGGAUUAUUCAUUGCUGGUGGGGGUGGAUGAUGAGCGCAAGGAGCUUGUUUUGGGGAUCAUUGAUUACAUGAGACAAUACACCUGGGACAAGCAUUUGGAGACAUGGGUUAAGCAAUCUGGGAUACUUGGGGGUCCUAAAAAUGCUGCCCCAACAAUUAUUUCUCCUAAACAAUACAAGAAAAGGUUCAGGAAGGCUAUGACAACCUACUUUCUCACCUUACCUGAUAAGUGGUCAUCCUGAAAUUUUUAUAAUUGUAUUCUUUUCUCAACAUUCUGUGGCAAGGAAAGCCCUUCAUAAUAGUUGCCUAUCCAUGUUGGAUAGUCCUUGGAUAUUUUGGAUACAACUAGUUGUAUUUUACUUCUAAAAAGAAAAAUUAUA